AUGGAUUUUGAAACUGAAUCGCAGAAGAAGAAGGGCGGGGUUUUUGGAGACGUGUACGGUGGGAUUACCAUGGUGCUUCCCAAGGAGCUAGAUGAUCCUAUUUCUCUACAUUCUCCUCCUUCUCUUGCUCCUCCUUUUGAGCUCCGAUUUCAACUCCCUGAUCUCAAGAUUGCUGUUAGAGAUUUCAUGAGGAGUAGAGAAGUCAGCGAGUUUCUCAGCGGGGCUUUAGCAGGGGCUAUGACCAAAGCUGUACUUGCUCCCUUAGAAACCAUCAGAACAAGAAUGGUGGUUGGUGUUGGACCCAAAAACAUUUCUGGUAGUUUUUUGGAGAUAAUUGAGCAGCAGGGUUGGCAAGGAUUGUGGGCAGGAAAUGCAAUCAAUAUGCUUCGUAUAAUUCCUACUCAGGCAAUUGAGCUUGGAACAUUCGAGUGUGUCAAGCGAUCAAUGACAUCGGCACAAGAGAAAUGGAGUCAGAGUGAAUGCCCAAGGGUGCAACUUGGUCCCUUUAGUUUGAACUUUUCUCUCUCCUGGAUUUCUCCAGUUGCUGUGGCUGGUGCUGCUGCUGGAAUUGUUAGCACGCUCGCAUGCCAUCCUCUUGAAGUUUUGAAGGAUAGAUUGACUGUAAGUCGUGAUAUAUACCCUAAUUUAAGCAUUGCAAUUAGCAAGAUUUAUAAAGAUGGAGGGAUUGGUGCCUUUUAUGCCGGUCUUUCACCUACACUGAUAGGCAUGCUUCCAUACAGUACGUGCUACUAUUUCAUGUACGAGACAAUGAAGACAUCUUAUUGUGAAGCAAAGAAUAAAAAAUCUCUAAACCGUCCAGAGAUGCUCCUAAUUGGAGCUUUUGCAGGUUUUACUGCUAGCACCAUGAGCUUUCCAUUAGAGGUGGCUAGAAAACGGCUUAUGGUGGGAGCUCUGCAGGGUAAAUGUCCACCCCACAUGGCAGCAGCACUUUCAGAAGUAAUUAGGGAGGAGGGGUUGAGGGGACUCUAUAGAGGCUGGGGUGCAAGUUGUUUAAAGGUGAUGCCUUCUUCCGGCAUCACUUGGAUGUUUUAUGAAGCUUGGAAAGAUAUACUGCUCGUCGAAAAACGGCUUUUAUAA